AUGUCAUAGUAUGAAGAAGAUUCUGCAUUACCCUUUGCAGAAAUAGAAGAAAAUCCAAUAAACUCAAAUAAUAUUUAUGGCAGCAAAAAAAAGAACAGUUAGAAUAAAGAUGAGCUGAAAAAUAGCUCAAGCUUGAAAUAAAACCUUGAUAAUUAACAAACAAAUUAAUAAAAAAAGUAAAAUGUUUAAAGCUAAAACCCAUAGUAAGUAGUAGCGGCACAUGAGUAAAAAAGAUAUAAAAGAAAUAGUUCAGAAAUUAGUGGUACUGCUUUGCCAAGGAUAAAUGGGGGUAAUCAUUUAUCUUAAGAGAAAGUUUAAAAAAAAGAUCAAUAAAAUGUAGGAAUUAAUGAAACCAAUAGUACUAUGGUUUAAAAUAAAAAAAAUUAUAAUUUAAAUGGAAAUUUUUAAGUUCCAAGCAAGAAUUAUAACAUGUCAUAAAAAGGAGGAAGUGGAAUCACCAGCUUGUCAUUUUCAAACAUCAAUUUAUUGUCUUAAAAUAUGUAAAUAAAUAGUGCAAAGUUUUAAAAAAAACUUUAUUAACAGAUCUCCUCAUCAUCAUAAUUGCAGUAAGGAUUGACUUUUACAUAACGUGUAGAUAAUUUAGCAUUCCCAAUCAGUAACUAUUAAAUGGCUAUAAAUAACAGUGAUUUUUCAAUAAAUAGGAUGUCAUAAAAGAAUUUCAGAUAAACCACUUAAAAUUUUAAUGAUUAGAUAAGGAGAAGUACUAUGACGAAUAGCUCAGAAGUUAAUGAAACUUUUGGAAUAGUGCAGCUAAUGGAAAAUAAUCAAAAUAAUAUUCCUAUAGUAAAGAGUCAUUUAAAGGAAUAAACUCACGAAAUACAUAAAUUAAUAACUCCCAAUGCAUACAAAGCAUUAAAAAUGAAAUAAAUAAAUAGUAUUAAUGGAGGAAAAGAAGGAGAUAUUAAGUAUCAUUAAUCAAGUAUAAUAAAUAAGUGUUUUUCUCCAGAAAAGUAGAGAUACUCAAAUUAAAAUAUAGAUGAAAAAACAGGAUACGAUUUCAAAGAAGAAGGAUUUGAAAACAGAGACUUUAAAACUCUCUCUGAUAUUAUGGAAAAUUAACCAAAUUAAAGCAAUAAAGAGACUAUCUAAGAAUAAAUAGAGAAGCUAAAAACUCAAAUCCCAAAAUUAAUGUCAACUUAGAAAAAUAAAAAAAAUGGAUUUUCAGUAACUUCUUUAUAAGAAUUGUAUGAGCAUCAGUUUGUGAAUAAUACCUAAAAUAUAGAUAAGUUAAAUAGCCAAUUAUAACUUUAAUUGCCUUAAAUAAAUGUAUAAACUAUAGAUUCAGAAGGCUUUAAUAGUUCCAAAGGAAAAUUAUCUUAGUUAGAUAAGUAUUAAGUGGGAAAUAGUUAAUUUAAUAACCAAAUAAAUAUUAGCUAAUUUAAUUAAAAUGUUGAAAACACGUUAAAUGAAAGCGCAUUAAUUAAUUAAGAAAAAGUAUCAAUUAUAAAAGAAAUGAACCAAAAAAGUAGUAAUAAGACUAAUUUCUAUGGUUAGUUCAUAAGUCGUUGUUUAGAAUAAUCUUAGUUAGAUAUGCUCAAUACUCCGCUUAAAAAUUUGAAAAAGAAAGAACUUUUUGAAACAGAUUUAGAGAAGAUUAAGGUGUCUUCACAGCUUUUAGAUAUUAUAGAUAAGUAAAUAUUUUAAGAAAAUGACUAAGCAGAUUAAAUGGAAUCCUAAUUCGCUUAAAAUGACUAAGAUUCUUCGUCAAAUUAAUCACAAAGGUAAUUAAGAAAAAAAGGAGUUUUAACACAAAAAUAAAAAGAUAAACUUUUUUAAGUUUUAGCAGAUACAGAUAAGAUAGUUGUUCAUACCUCAUAGAAUAAAGAUUUGAUGGUACCAAGUGAGAGAAAAGAUGUAGUUAGAUUGGCAUAAUGGUUAGAAGAAAUGCUUGAAAAAAUUUAUAAUAUAAAAGAUUAAGACUUUUAUGAGUAUUUUGAAAAUAUUUAACUUGUUUGCAGUGCUUGUAUGAGUGAAAUUAUCAGAUAAAUAAGCGUUUCUCUAUAGGAAAGAGGAAAUCUGGUUAAAAGGGUUUGGGAAAGCUUUCUUAAUCUAAUGAAGCAAGCUUUUGAGCAGUUGACAUAAGAGAAAAUAGAAAAUGAAAAAAAUUUAAAAGAUGAAAUAAAAUAAAUACAUAAAAUGUAUCUCAAAAAAUUAGACGAAUAUUUGCCAGAAAUAGAAAAAUAAAAAAAAAAAUUAGAGUAAUAAGAAACACAAAAUAAAAGAGUUGUUUUAGAAUUCAGAUACUUGAGAAAAAAAGAUACUAAAUUAGAGAAAUAUCUAAAAUUAGCAAAGAAAGAUUUACGUUAACUUGAAGAAGAUUAUGCAAGACUAGAUUAAGACUAUUAAAAGUUUAAGUUAUCUUAUGAAAAACAAGAAUAAUAUUACUAAUAAGCAUUAAAGAAUUAAAAAUAAGUGCAAAAAAGUUCUGGUAUUUCUUUCAAUAAAUAAGAGGAGAAAAGUGAAGUAGAAUAUAUGCUAAAUGAGCAUAUUAAAAAUUAUAAUGAUAUUACUAGCAAAGCAAAAUUAGGGUUUGAAAACUUUAACGAAAAUUACGAAAAUUAUAAUAAGGACAUAAAACAACUCCAUGAAAAAUAUGUGUAAGAUGUCAAAAAAUUUUAGAAGGGCAACAAAGUUCCAAUUGAAGAUCUAGAUCAAUUUGAAGAAAAUAUUUACAGUAAAAAGGCAGAAAUAGAUAAAAUUAUGCAAUUAGAUGAAAGAGUCAUCGAAGAAAUAGAAGGUAAUGAUGGAAUUACUUUGAUUAUUGGCCAUUGUGGUGUUUAAACUGGUCCUGAUUUAUUAAAAAUGACUCAUUAAUCGGUUGAUACUUCUUCUUUGACCUCUUUUAAAGAGAGGACAACUUAAACAUUUGUUGCAUAGAUUGAUGUGAAGGAAAUAUAAACACCUGCAGAAUGGAUGGCUGUUAAUAUAGGUUCUACAUCACCAAUUAAUAAUAAUGGACACUCAAUUAAAGCUUAGAAAGGGUAGAAACCCUCAAAAUUUUCUUCUGUUUCUAAAUUAAAUAGCUAAAAUGAAGUUGAAGAUGAUGAUGAAGAGAUUCAAAGGAAAAGGUUAGAAAUAGAAUAGCAAGAAUAAAAGAAGUUAGAGAAAAUUAAAUAACUUGUUUUUAAAACAGAAGAUGAAGAAACCUAGGAAAGAGAAAAGUUAUAACAACUACCUUUUGUAAAACAAUUUUUGAUUGAUUCUCCUAUGUUGUAAAAAUCAGGUUUAUUACUGAAUUGGAAAGAUUAAAAUACAUCUUAACAAAAUGAAUAAGAUAAUAACCCAUCUGAUACUUACAGUAACUCUAGUGACGAUUAAGAUGAUCAAAUUGAUGAAAAGGAAAAUUAAAAUAAUGCUGAUGGGAUUGCUUCUGGAGGAAGUAGUCCAAGAAAAAGUAAAAAAAUACAUGAAUCGCUAUCUUAAACGAUUUAAAACAAAGUUGAAAAAGAUUUAGAGGAUUUACAUACCCUUGUUAUGAGCAGAACCAGUUAUGUGACUUCUUUAUGUGAAAAAAUAAUUAAUCAUUAGCUGCUUAAAGAAAAUGAAAUUGUAACUAUUUAAAUGAUAGAAUAAUUUAUAAAUGAUAGCAAAUAAAUAAUUCUUGAAGAACACAAUAGACUAAAAAGAAUUUGGGAGCGCUCUAAAAAAGGUAUUUUAGAUUAGGUCAAAUCCAAGAUCAUAAUUGCUGAAAAGGAUGCAGAGCUUUAAGAAGUAUAAAAUGAUAAAGAAAUUAUAGAACAAUAAAUUAAGUUCUUUAGAAAAGAAAUCAACCUCUUUGAUGAUAAAAAAAGCGAUUCAUCAACUAUUAUAGAGACAAUCAAUAAAAAGAAAAAUUCAUAAAGCUUUAACUCAUUAGAGGAUAUUACUGACGAAGAUGAAUUUGAGGAAAGUAAUAAUAAUUUAAGCAGCUAAGAUGAGGAUGAAAUCUCUGAAAAGUCCCAAUCAGAAUCAACUACUUCAUUAAAAAAUGAUACAGGCAUUUUAAAAACAGAAGGAAGUAUUUCAAAGUAAGAAUAAAAAAAAAAUAAGCUAGAUUCUGUGUUGACUUAAAAUGUGAAUAAAUAAAGAAACUCAGUUUUAAAAAAAUCUGUAAAUAACUCAAGUGACAAAAGUACAAACGCACUUGUCCCACCAUCUCCACUACCUUUAUAGAGUUCACCCACAAAAACUAAUGCUCCAAUUUUAUAAAUAUAACAAAAUUCUAUCUAACAAAAGAGAAUUAAAAAGAAGCAAACUCUUAAUCCUUUAAAUAGAGUAAGUAUCUCUCUGAUAGAGGCUGUUUAAGGCUCUAAGACAUAAUAAAAACAAGAUGACUCUAGUCCUUUGAUAACAGAAAAAAGAUUUGCACCAAUCUAUCAAAAAAAAGAUAGUAUUUUUGGCACUUUAACAAAUCAACAAGCCAUAAUGACUUCGUCUAGUAUUUUAAGCUCUAGUUAAUCUUCAUAAUCAUCAUGGCUUAAAACUAUAUAAAUAAAUAACAAAUUGUAAUCUACUAACAUAUCUCCUAAUUCCGAUUCAGCUGCCAUUUUCUUCAAUAAAUUCGCAUUGAAAAUUAUGGUUAAAGAAAUUAGUAAAGCAGAUAAAAAAACAGUGAUUAUGAAAUAAUAAAAUGUUCUAAGACAUUUACAGAGUAUCUAUUAAGAUAAAAUAAAAUCAGUAAAAAACUCAGAAGAAGAUACUAAUGGUGGGUCCCGUACUUUGAAUGUAGUCACUUAUGAUUACUUUUUAAAUCAGUUUGGUUUUAAAAAGCUCGCUGAAACUAAGCUUAAACAGUUUUUAGAUAGUUGCAUCUACUACAACAUUAAUUUUAAGAUAAGGUAAUUUACCAAACUAUAUGGAAUAAAUAAGAUAAUGAAUUAUGACUUUGAGGACUUUGAUUUCUUCAUUAAAAUGAUGAUUUUCCUUGAAGAAGGCUCUUCAUAGUAAUAAAUAUAAGCUAAUAUUUAUCCUAUAAAUAGAGUUAUUGAAGCCUUAUUCAGAAAUUUUGAAAAUAAAAUACCUGCUUCAGAAAUGAUUAGAUUAAAAUAAGAAUUAGAAAAUAUGAAGAUCCCUGAUUCCACAGCUAAGUAGAAAAAUAAAUUUGCUAUUGACUCCGAUCAUGCUCUAGACAUUUUACUUUAAGCUUUAAUUGAGGAGAAAAAAUUAUGCAUUUAAAAUCUUUAGAGCGUGUAUCUCGCAGGUGAUAUUAAUUGCGAUUAAGUUAUUGCAUAUGAUGAAUACUUAACUUUAUUUAGACAUUUUGAGAGUGGCCUAUUUAACAUCCUCUAUGUCACUAAAUUUUAUUAUCAAAACUGCGAUCUCUUAGAUAGAUUUACUAAUUAAAGAAUCAUGAGCUUCUAAAAGUUUGCUUUAACAUGCGUUUAAGGUGAUUUGUUUUCAAAAUAAAUUUAAGAUGAUUACUCAAAUAAGAUUGAGAAUUAUGAUAGAAUAAAAAAUAUAGAUUCCUUAGAAAGACAUUGGGAAGAUAAAAAGGAUGUAAUUAGACUUCGUUUUGUGAAAAAUGGGUAAUAUAAAUUAUUUUACAGAUAAAUGAUAAAAAGAAUUGAUGAUCAUUUUGCUUUGAAAAAAGAGUAAAGAAAUUAAUUAGAAAAAAACACUACUUGGUUUGUUUAUAGAUUACUUGAUGAUGAAAGCAAAAGAAUAAUGACCGAAUAAUUAAUAGAUUAAUUAAUUCCUGAAGAAUUCAAUAUUUUAACUAAUUUUGAAAUAGAUUUAAUUAAAAAAUUUUGUUUAAAUGCAUGA